GAGGAUGCUAUGGUCACCAUAGCGCCGAGUGAUAUUAUCCGGUUUAAGUCCACUGUCUGAUGGUCGAGUUGACUGGACUGAUUUUCUGAAAAACAAGUUCGCUAAAGUUUACAUUAACUUGACACUAAAAUUGAAAUGAUGCCAUAUCUAUGAAAAAUUGAUUCAACAGCAGUAGAUUUCAGCAGAGGAUCGCAGUUGAAGGCAAAAUGUCAAAGGGAACAACAAUAAAGGAUGCUCUUGCCAAAUGGGCAGAGAAGGAGAAGCAAGAGAAAGGAGAAGAUGUGAAGGUCAGUGAGGCAAAAGAGGUCAAGCUAUACUUCCAGAUACCACCUAUUGACAAGAUGGAUGCGUCCCUGUCUACACUCACCAGUUGCGAGAGACUCUCCUUGUCAACCAACUGCAUAGAGAAGAUAGCCAACCUGAAUGGCCUGAAAAACUUAAAGAUUCUGUCCUUGGGGCGAAAUGCCAUCAAGAAUCUCAACGGAGUGGAAGCAGUUGCCGAGACACUUGAACAGCUGUGGAUUUCCUACAAUCAAAUUGAGAAGCUCAAGGCAUUACAGGCACUCAAAAAGCUAAAGGUGCUGUACAUGUCCAACAACAACGUGAAGGACUGGGCCGAGUUUGAGAAGCUUCAGACCCUGAGCAAUCUGGUGGAGCUGCUGAUGGUGGGCAACCCCCUGGAGGAGAAGCACACACUGGAUGGGGACUGGCGGGACAGGGCCACCAAGAUACUGCCCAAUCUCAAGAAGCUGGACGGUGAACCGGUUAUUAAACAGGACGAUGAGGAAGAACAGGAGGAUUAAGUCAGCCACUCUCUGUACUCAACAUAUUCCAUCCAACUGUGAACUGUGCCAACCUACCUUUGAAGAACUAGCAGUUUCUUCCUAUAACUUGCACAUAUGAUGCAGUCACUGUGCAUGCAAAGGUCUAUCUGCAUUUUGAACUCCCCAAAGAUGAUGUCACUGCCAAGCGAGGGCUCACAGUUAUAAUUCAUGCACAGCCUUAUUCCUUUGAGGGACAUUAGUGGCACUUAGUUUACCAUGUGUACAGUAUUGUUGUGUUGCAGAUUUAAUCAAUUUCCCCUUUUUGUUACUUCCGCUGCUUUUUCCCAUUUUCAGUCAAAACAAUGGUGUGGUUGAUUUGUGCCACAUUUUAUCAAAUGCCCAAUUCACAGAUUAUCAUGUCAAAACUGCCAGGAAGAAUGUCGUCUUCCCCACAGAUUAUAAAUAGAUCAUAAAAUUUAUCAGACAGUCCGCUUGCCUUUUUUCCCAUAAAAAAGCAUUUUGGGGCCCAAGUGUUUUUUAAAUCAGAAAUUUUCUGUCUUCACGUUGCCUUCAUUAUCACAGAACAGUCUGUAAAUAUCUGUACAGGAAUGAUAUUUUGAGGGCUCUACAUUGGACUUAUCUGUCACAUUGGUAAUGUAAAGCCAUUACAUUUGAAUGAACUUCGCAAAUGAAAAUGAGGAGCAUUUACAUACUCAAGGUUGCCACUGCAAGCGAUACCGUCCACAUGGGUGCAAUGGAAAUGCUGUGUACUAAUUGACAACAGUACAUGGUGUAUACUGUGCACCAUUUGUAUGGACAAUAUACAUGUACAGUAGUAUGGCAGUACACUCGUUAAAUUUUAUGGUUUGUAGAAUUUGUAUGAUUAUACAUUGAAACCAACACAACUAUCAGCAGUUUACAUCGCAUUGCCUCUUUGCAUCAUAUAUCUGUGGAAUUGUGAUAAAAGUUCUGUUUUCACCAUGGCAUUUGAAGUUCGCAUCGUAGCAUUCCAUUUCGAAGGCAUUUUUAGUUCAGUCACAGCUCUAGUGACGACUUGUUCGGAAAAUUGGAGAGCUCGCCAAUUCAUUAUUGAACAAAACUCCAAUUCAAUCCGUCCUUAAAGGGUAAGAUUUGUAUCUGUAAAUAUUAAACAAACGUAUUUGGAUUCGCGCCUUG